CUCCAGAGGCAGCCCAGUUUAUGAGAGGCUUAUCUUUGUAUGGCAUUUGUAAAUAAUAACCUGACUGUGCUGUUUUAAGUUGGCCCAUGGUAAUUUGUUUGCUUAUUUAUACGCUGCCAUUGCUGCCUCUCUGAGGACACACAGGAUGCAUAAAAAUAGACAUCAGGGAGUUAAUUUCUAAAAUAAAAAUGCACACUAUAAUAUCCUGUCUACAUUUAAUUUCAUCCCUUGUGGCCUGCUAUUAAGACCAGCCAUCUCUGCCUGCUGCCCCUGCUGCCCAUUGGCACAGCAGCUGGAGCAGGAGGGCCGCAAAGGGGAGGGCCGAACGUGCCCCCUCUACUCCCUGCAACGGAGGAUGUGUGCUCCUCUGAGUGGGAACUGUUUGUGAAGGAGCUCAGAGUCCAGAGCCUGAGCGGUCAACUCUAAUUAUCAGGUGUUGUGAGCAGACUGGACAUCCACAGGCCUCUCCAUCUGAAGUGCAGCCAGAGAAGAAGAACUCGUGUGGCUCUGUCAAGCGUGGAGGCCAAGAGAGAGAGCGAGAGAGAGAGAGAGAGAGAUGGAUACGUGCGCCUGCGCUUUGGAGCUGCUGGGGAUGCUGGUCUAUGUCGGAGCGUGGCUGUGCGCUUUAGCCACCACUAUCUUACCACAGUGGCUGACCAUGUCCACUGCGCUGCUGCCGGUAGAGAGCUACGAGCUGGGCCUGUGGGAGACAUGCGUGGUCCAGGAUGUCGGGGGCAUGGAGUGCAGGGCCUAUGACAGCUUGCUGGGCCUUUCCAGUGACCUCAAGCUGGCCCGCAUCCUCAUGUGUGCUUCCCUUGCUGUGGGCAUGCUGGGAAUGCUGGUGGCUGUACCUGGACUUUACCUGGUCAACAGCUGCAAAGAACACGGAGGCUACCGAACCAAGAGGACUUUAACCGUCACAGGAGGGGUGCUGGGGAUGAUGUCUGGCGUGCUGUGCCUGAUCCCUGUGUCCUACAUGGCCCAUUUAGCCGUGAUGCAUUUCUUUGAUGAUAAAGUACCUGAUGUGGUGCCACGAUGGGAGUUUGGUGACGCCCUGUUCUGCGGCUGGGCCGGAGGAUUUCUUCUCAUAGUGGCCGGGCUCCUGCUGGUCACCUCUUGCUUAUGUUCUCAGGCAGAGCCUCAGCCCGUGCUACAGCGGAGAUACCAGGUCAUGAAUACAGGUGUUUCCUUCAGGAAGCGCUCGGAGUACGUUUAAGGGACGAAUCAUAAAAGAAUGACCUGCAUAGAGACUGACAGCACAACACAAUCACCUGUAGAACUGCACUUCAAACUGCUUUAAAAUAAUGAUGUAAAUAUCUGGUUUUAUAUCAAAGACAACAUCCUGUGUAAGGGUUGCUUUAUCACUUUUGGAAAAUGAUCAAAUGUUUUGUAAAACAGUGAAAAUGAGACCUUGUAGAAAACACCACCAAAUAUGUGUUGCAGUUAUUUUUAAUGACUCACCUGCACAAUCCAACAUUACAUUUUCAAAAAUGAAUAUUUUUUUUAAAGAUGUGUUUUAUAAAAUGCUUUAUAUUCCUUAUUCUGGGGUGGCUUGGGGAGCUUUCUGUCAUCAGUGCCAACAAAGAAGAAAAUACUAUUUCAAGUCUGUUUUAUAGGACACCUUAGCUUUUCAAAUGCUGUGAUUAUAAGUUAUUAUUAAUACUUAAUAGAGAAAGCACAAAUGAUUCUGUGCCUGGUUAAUUUUGCUUCUGUGCUGUAUUGUGCAGCACAUUCAGGUGAUUCACAUAAAGAACUGUAUUGAAAUUCUAUUGAAAAGUUGUCUCUUUUUUCAUUUAAAAAAGGUGACGUUCUUGUGCUAGUGUUGUAUUAUGAUCAUUUAUGUGUGGCCCGAAUCUGUAUGAAACAAUUCACAUAUUCUUCUUCAGUUAUGUCAGAGGUGGAAACAUGGCUGCUCUUUUGCUCUUUCACCAUCCGGUCGACUAUUAGUCACAUAAACCUGGAACCUAUUUUGGUCUGACUUGGUCCCUGGUUGCUCUGUAACCAGACGACAAGCUGAGCGACUGAAAACAGCCGUCUUUGUCCGUCAGGUGUGUCUGCGGCGGUGGAAACACAGCUUGAGACUAAUUCCAUCAGAUUUCCUGGUCACUCGCUGAGCUAAGCUGUGUUUAAUGAAUGCCCUAAUGGGCAGCGUGUACUGUGAAGAAUGCAAAACAGGUUGCCCUUGCGUCCCCCGCUUUGACAUAAUUACACAAAUUUGCCAAGGUCAGAGGGCGCCGCCGCUCUCAGCACUCCAUAACUGUCUGUAUCAUUUACAUAGACACAGGUACAGCGACAUACUAUUGCACGGGAGGAGGAGGAUUUCUAAACCACCACAUGCUAAUGAUGGCACUUUUUGUGUAGUCAGCACUUAUAGAAUGAAGUUAAUGAGAGAUAAUGAUGUUGUCACAGAAGCAUAUGUUGCUAAGGGGCCCAAGACAUGACAAGGCCUCACAGAGCGGAUUGAGAGGCACCCUCCCAUCCUGUGACGCCACGCAGGCUGCAGGGCGCUGCCUGGUGUCCCCCAGUGUGAGGGCAGCUAUCAGCAGGGGAGGCAGUGAAAACAACUGCAGAGAUGUUGUUUUGGAUUACCGUAAAACUUCAAAUGCUGUGGGGCCGGGCAGUGCGGCAACACAAAGGAAAUGGUCUUCUUCUCAGGAGGAAUUAUGUUAAAAUGCAUCCAAGUGCAAAUAAACAAACCUGCUGUGAGGGGUGGAUAGACUGUAACAUGACCCUCUACGCUGACAGUUGAGAUGGUGAUGGAGAUUAUCCGAUCCUGAGUUCAAACUUUGUUAAGAUAUGAUCCGAACAACAUGCUGGGAAUUAUAGUUUUGUGAAAUCAGUCUUCCACUGCUCAACACACUCAUAAUUGAUAAACCAUCAUGAUAACGUUGCUACACACACUCACAACUCCCAUUCCUUAACCAAAUCCCCUUAUCUGUCCUAUCUGACAAGGAUGAGAACAGAGUAAGAGUAGGAUAAGUACCAAAACAACAAUGGAAAAAUACUCCAUUGCAUGUAAAGGUCCUGUAUUCAAAAUCCUACUUCAGUAAAGGACAGCAGUAUUAUCAGCAAAAUGUACUGAAAGUAUCAAAAGUAAAAGUGCUCAUUCUGCAGAAAAGUGGCCUCUGCGUUUUGACAUUAUUAGAUGGUUAACACUGAUACAUCAAUCCGUAGGUACCAUUUUACUGUUGUAGGUGCUCGAGGUGGAGCUAGUUUGAACGGCUUUAUAUCCAGUUACAUAGUCCAGCGCUUCCCAAUUUAGGGGUUUAAGAUAAAUCUGAGGGCUCGUGGGAUGAUUAAUGGGAGAGGGAAGCAGAAAAAAACUGCUACACAAAUUUGUGUUGAUUUUUGUC